GGUUCUUCUUCUCCCCUCUUUGGCUAUUGCCUAUCUUUCCUUCCGACGCUGCUGUUUUGUAACAGCAUACACACAGCGGAACACUCGCUGCUGGAUGUGUGUGGCCUCCCCUCCUUCCUCCUGCGUGUGUCUGGUGGACAGAAAGAAAAAAAGGGAAAAAGAGAAAAAAGAAAGAAAAAAGAGACCGUGCCUCGAAUAAGUCGAAACCCAAGUUCACUCGCUGGGUUCUAGUCGUGCGCCCGAGGGGCCUGCCAAUGCCGUCCUCCCAUUGGCUGGUGGGGAAAUGGCCACCAGAGAACGCGCCACGCCACCCUCCUGCCUGUACUGCCCGACUAGACUACGUAGACGUAGACCAGUCACUAUUCCAUCCAUGAAUUCAGAUGGUCUACGGUCGUCGUGAAAAGAGGACGUCGUGUCUACAUCGCCCACCAUCUUGAUCGUGACUCUCCCCGUUUCGCCUCGUUUUUCCCCCCUUCAGUUUCACAGUUUUUAACCAUUUUCGCAGCCCUUCACACGUCCUUAUUCUGUGCUUUUAUUUAUCUCGUUUGGACUCGAGUUUCACAUCCAACAAGCCGCCAGCUCUCAACCAACACUCAUUUCAAACUGUGAACUCGGGUGUACCUGUGUUCCUUCGAAAAAGAAAGAAAGAAAGAAAAACAACUGCAGUGUGUGAAUAUUGUUGACGGAAUUCUGUGCAUUCUGCCAAUUAUUUCCAGCCCAGGAAAAAAAAAAAAAAGAACAAGUCAUUCGUGCACCACACAAAGUGAUUGCCAAUGGUGUGUGACCUUUGGUAUUCAGUUGGCCUUCUCCAUCCUUGUGGUAAUCAUCAUGCAGUUCCUGGAACGCUCUACCCACCAAUCUGCUUAAAAGCGCAUGGACCGUUGUGAACGGCCGCACCACUGGAAUCUGUUUCUUCUUUUUACAACGACUGGACCGUUUUCAAGGAGGAAAGCAGAAGAAAUAGUGUUGCUCUCGGUGACCAACGCCGGAUAAAAAACAAAACAAGAGCUUCAUCGCCGCUUUGUUCCCCCCACCGUUUCUCCUCUCGUCGAAAAUAAUAAUUGGUUGAGCUUCGUCGUCUGCGGCCAUGUCACUCUCUCCCGAAGAAAUGUUUUAUCUGGCCACUGGAUUGCUGGAUCUCAACUCGUGGACAGGCUCUGCCGAAAGUAAAGCCGACAACAACGAACAUUCGAGGACCAAAUGUGCAGCGCACAAGAAUUUGGGUUUCGAUCGGACUCAAGAAUCGGUUGCAUCCACCACGUUUGAAUCGAUGCACCCAUCGUCUCCGAGAAAGAAGUGCUGCUCAUCUCCAUCUAGUCUUUCAUCUCACGCUGGAAGGUGUUCUUCAGAGUGCCUGGGCCAGGUUUCGUUAAACAACAUGUCGCCAUCCUCAUCGUCAGGUCGACCCAGUUGGCGGACUAUCUACUUAACCAUGCUCGUCAUCUUCUUGGCCUUUUCCCUACAAACCGCAGAGGGUUGUUCGAGUCGAUCCACACCCAAGCCACGACCUCCGCCUCCCCUGCCCAGCCCGACUCCCGCCGUCCGACCCAACAUCACGUUCCAGACGUACGCAUGCCCGCCAGCCUAUGCCACAUAUUACUGUCUCAAUGGCGCCACGUGUUUCACAAUCAAAAUCGGAGAGUCCAUUCUCUACAAUUGCGAGUGCACCGAAGGUUUUAUGGGUCAGCGCUGUGAGUAUAAAGACUUGGACGGAUCUUACCUGCCGUUGAGAGAGAAGAUCAUGCUGGAGCGAGCGAGUAUUGCGGGUGGAGCCACCGUUGCCGUCGUCCUGGUUGUUAUCAUUUCCAUCAUAUUUUAUACCUACGUCCGCCAACAAAGAAAGGAACAACGGCUCGCAAGUUUUGAGCAAGUGACGGUGGACAGAAUUCAAAUAAGGAGCCGGAGUUGCAGUUCCUGCAACAGCUUUGGGGGAUGCCGUUUUGGUGUUGCGUCUACAAAGAACGACUGUCUCCUACAUCAGCAGCGCCCUCAUCAGUUUACCUUGUCUUCGGGCUACAAGAAAGUUAAACAUCCCAAUCUGAUCAGCAUCGACUAUGCGCAUGCUCUUCGCUUAACUGGUUUAGCUUGCGAUCCAGUCAGCAAUACUAAUGCACCGAUCAAUAUACUGACGAGUGCCCCUGGGUCCAAUGUCAAGGCAGAAUGUAAAGCCUCCCAAAGAGAGCAGACAGUGUUGUCUCUACCCAACAGAGAAUGGGACUGCAAAACCAAUGUGGUUGCAUCUAUGUAAAGAUUAAACAAAAACAAAAGCUCAGCCUGCUGCUUUCCCCAUUAAUUCACGUGUUAAAUAGAUUGUAUCUCGAACGUUUGGAACAUUGAUGCCACAUAAUAUCUAAAUUGUAAACUUUCGAAAUAACUUGGGGGGGGGGGAGGGAGCAUCUAGUUGAAUAUCAUCAGUGGGGCCCAUCUUCAGCUAAAGUGGUAUUUUUCUGUGCGUACAAAUACAUUCCAUACUACCGUUAUUUAGUGAUCCGCAAGGAAAAAGGGUAUACUGUUAACACUAUGCAACAUUUUUUUUUUUUUUUUUUUGACGGGUUCGCAAGUAUUCAGCAAAAUCCUAUGGUAAAUCCCUUUGAAUCGACUUGUUGGAUCCUGAGCAGCGUCUGGUUGAAGUCUCAAUGAUUGGAAUGUUGCAAGCAAAACUCAAUCGAGUGGAUGUUGAGCUAAAAGAUGAAGGAAAACAGCUGCCACCUAGUGCUCGCUUCACAGCAGAUUGCUUAGACCGCACAAGAACAUGUUUUGCAUUGUACAACAGUUUCCCAUCUCGAUGUCCAGUGCACCAUGUCUGUAAAUUAUAUAGUCAACAGUGCGUCAAAAGGGUGUUUCCCGCGGCGGACGGACGUGUUUUCGAAAUUUUUUCUUCUUCUCCUACUAAGAAAUUUAGUUCGAAGUCUACAUGUUGGAAAUCUUCCGACUCGUUAGAUAUAUAAACUGUAUAUGCCUGCCUGUAUGGACAUUUUCUAUUGAGUAUUAAAAUUGUCAUAAUGUAAUACCGCAUAUGUAACAUAGAUGCAAAAGGUACUGAUGUUUUUUUUUUCAUUCACGAUUUCCUUCACUUUAAACUUAUCUAUUCAUAUUUUCUCCCCCUAGACUGUAUGAAUUAUUAUUUACCAUGUACAGUUAGAAGUGUUUGUUUCAAUUUGAGCCGAUCUAUUUAGUUUUCUUAACGGCGAUUGUUGUAAUAUUGUUUGCUGGCGCAGCUUGCAUUUACAUGUACAUAAUAAUGAAAUGUUGAAAUGUGUAUUCUUAUCUUCUCUCUUCGAGUGAACCACAUCUUUGAACAGACUGUUGAUUACACAGUUCACAUAUCAUGCAUGUA